CGCAAUUCGGGAACCGCUGCUCAGCUUGACAGCUUUAAAGAUUGCCGUCGCUGCCGUCGCUGCUGCUCGCCCAUAGCAAUCAUGGACAGCCUGUUUGCACCCUUUGGCGUGCGCCUUGAGGCCAGCAACUCUCUCGUGCAGGUUGCCUUCUCUGCCUUCCUUCUUGUUGGCAUUGUAGCUUUUGCAGCACCCCUCAUCAGCACUGUCCGAGUUCUCUUGAGCUUGUUUGUCCUGUCUGGCCGACCUCUCACCGACUUCGGUCCUCGCGGCACCUGGGCCCUCAUCACCGGUGCAUCUGACGGCAUUGGCAAGGAGUUUGCCCUUUCUCUCGCAGCCAAGGGCUACAACCUGAUCCUCGUCUCCCGCACCCAGUCCAAGCUCGACACACUCUCCGCCGACAUCUCCUCCAAAUAUGGACCCAAGACCUCUGUCAAGACACUGGCAAUGGACUUUGCGCUGAACAAGGACGCCGACUACACCAAGCUGGCGAAGCUCGUCGAGGGACUUGACGUCUCUAUCCUGAUCAACAAUGUCGGUCUGAGCCACAACAUCCCCGUGCCUUUCAACGAGACACCCAAGCAGGAGAUGAACGACAUCAUCGUCAUCAACUGCAUGGCUACCUUGAGGGUCACCCAGCUCAUCACCCCUGGCAUGCAGGAGCGCAAGCGCGGUCUUGUCCUCACCAUGGCCUCGUUCGGCGGCUUUUUCCCCACCCCUCUCCUGGCAACAUACUCCGGCAGCAAGGCGUUCUUGCAGCAGUGGUCUACUGCUCUCGGUUCUGAGCUGCAGCCCUACGGCGUGCAUGUCCAGUGCGUGCAGUCUCACCUCAUCACCACCGCCAUGUCCAAGAUCCGCAAGCCGUCAGCUCUUGUGCCCAACCCCAAGCAGUUCGUCAAGGCUGCGCUCGGCAAGAUUGGCCGUUCAGGUGGCGCGCAGAAUGUUGCUUUCACCAGCACACCCUACUGGAGCCAUGGUCUGAUGCAGUGGUUCUUGUCGAGGUUCCUUGGCGAGAGGUCGCACGUUGUCGUCAAAGUCAACCGCGGCAUGCACGUCGACAUCCGCAACCGUGCGUUGAGGAAGGCGGAGCGCGAAGCUAAGAAGCAGUAGGCUUCAUCUACCCUUCGACUAUUGUUUGUCACAAAGCAAGAUUGAAUUUAGCAAGGUGCGCGCGUGGUGGACGACCGAAACGGCCAUGUCCAUGAUAUGAUAUAAGUAAAGUGUAAUACCAU